AUGCUUGUAGUUCAAACAAAGCAUUCAAUCCUGAUCAAUAAAAAAACAGCAAAUAUUUGAUUUCGAACACACUUAAAAAAGACCUCAAUACAAAGCAGUGAACCGUAGCUCUUUGGGUAUUAUAAGUGAAAAAUGGUAACUAAAUCCCUAUUUUGAUUUUAAAUGUUAUGUAUUUUCUCUUAGGACUUACAUUUGAGCAUGUUAAGUAAUUUCAGAAGUUGAAUACACAGUACAGGGAUCCUACAUUGUUCAUUUGACAAGUAGUGAACGCACAAUUGACUGAUACUGUUCACCUCCUUAGCUUUGCACUGCUGCCUGGGUGGGGUGAAGACAUUAAAUUAAGUUAAAUACUAAAGCUUUACAUUUUGACUUCUCACUAUUUUUAGCUACAUUAAUCCCUGGAUGACAACAUUUAAAAUACACAACUAGUCUUUUUGUAUUUAUUGAAUUUGAUCAUUUUCGUCGGCUUUGUAAAACUGUUGUGAUCCAAUUCGCACCUAGAAUUAAAAUAUUUUCCAUAUCCAAAUUAUGGCUUUAUUACUUAUGACCCCAUAAAGUAGAUAUAUCUCUAGAGGAGGGGGCAGGACUUUGGCUCUUUACACUCACAUCUGGAAAGACACAUGAGACACUUCCUGUGGGUGACGCUGUUUCUAAAAUUAAACUAGAAUUUCUCCUAGAGAUGUACAAAAUAUGUGAUUGGAUGCAACACUGUCUAACUUUGUGAUACAGGCUGUUUAACACACACAUUUUCAUAUGAAAUGUUCUGUUUUGGUGAGAAAGCCCAUGGAUUAUAAAGUGAGUAUGACAAUGUAUGUAUGCUUACUUUCUGUGUACUUCUAUUUAGUGUAAAACAUUGUACUACAACAUUAUUUGUUACAUGUCUGAUUCAGAUCAUGUGGCUCGAACCUUGUUGUACAUUUGGUGAUAUUAGAGCCGCUCUGUUUUGUUAGCUUUGUCUAAAGGGGAAGGAAGCCCAGGCCGUGUAAAGAAGAUAAAAAACAACUUCCUUUUCCAAAAUGUCAUUGUCACUUUCUCAUAAACAGAGGAGCAGAUUAUCAGUGUUGGAUGUGAAGAUGGGACUCACUUUGCUCUGUGUGCUGGGGUUUUUCUUGCUGAGUUUACUUUACCGUGGACAAGCUCAAGAUGCUGUGCUGACCAUUGAGCCAAACUGGACAACUUUUUUUACCGGAGAGUCUGUUACCUUCAAGUGUGACAUUACAGGAGGCAAAGACAGCGACUGGUAUUACUCAAUCCACAACCAGCAUGGAGAAGUUUUCUCUCCCAGCAAUAAAAAAUUCAGAACAUUACAACCUCUAACUUCAGGCUACAGUGGUGAAUACCAGUGCUUGUUUCAGCAUGGGGGAUCAACAAAAAGAAGCAAUACAAUCUAUCUAACUGUAUCGGAUAGAAACGUGAUCCUGGAAAUUCCUGUGUCCACUUUGUUUGAAGGAGAAUCAGUGACUCUGCGCUGUCGGCAUCGUACUCAGAGAGAGGAGAAUGCUGCCUUCUACAGAGACGGAUCAUUAAUCACAACACACAGAAACCACCGGUCACCAUUAAUGGCAAAAAACACAGUUCAAGUAAUGUCAGACGGGAGCUCUUACAGUUGUACAUUUGGCGAUGAAGAAUCUGAACAAAUAACACUGAGAACUGAAACAAAACCAAAGGCCCAGCUGAGAGACAUAUCUCCAGGAGGGGGCAAUGUGACUCUAACUUGCUCUGUAGGACUAUCAUCAGCUUCUGGUUGGAGAUACUUCUGGUACAAAAAAGGGAACACCUCUGAACCCCUGAAGACACAAGAUGUUGUUUUCCUCACAAAUGACCGAAUCAGUGUCUCACGAGGAGGCGUCUACUGGUGCAGAGGAAGAAGAGGAAACCCUGUUUACUACACAGAGUACAGCGAUGCAGUCGUCACAAACAGGGCCGUUGUGACCCUGCAACCCAAAUGGCCUGAAAUAUAUUCUGGAGAAACGAUCAUUCUUACAUGUGAAAUUGAGGAUGGAGGAGACUAUGAGUGGGAAGUUUCUUGGAGGACACCUGGGUCAAACACACCUCAGAAAUCUCACCUUGCUCCUUCAUCAAGAAGUGGGAAAUACCAGUGUAUGGGCAGACUGAAAGGUGAAAUGUCUGAAACGCUGUGGAGUGAUGUUUUCACAUUGACAGUAUCUAACGAAAGACCUCAGCCUGUCCUCACUGUGUCUCCAUCAUGGCCGAGUCCUGGAGCCUCAGUAACUAUGAACUGCAGUGUUGAUCAUCCUUCUGCUGGCUGGAGCUUCUACUGGUAUAAGGCUGUUCCCCAACUGUCAGGCAACUCCUACAACUAUGAGCUGCUAGCUGGCAACGAGAAUGGGACUGAACAGGAUCUCUUCAUCAUUGAUGGACAAACACACACAGCAGGAUAUGUGUGCACAGCAGGAAGAGGAGAUCCAGUGUUUUACAGUUGGUACAGCAAACUUGUGUUCGUCUUGUCUGGAGAUAUUAACUCAGCAGCGUCUCUCACAGUGAGUCCUGACAGUGUGCAGCACUUCACCAAAACGCCUGUGUCGCUGAGCUGCGAGGGAAACUCCACUGAGUGGAGAGUGAGGAGGUUUUCAAAAUAUAACAACCUUCGUCACUGUUCUUCCUGGGGGACAAUGACUGGAUCCACAUGCACAAUAACCAGAAGCCGGUUUAGUGGAGUGUACUGGUGUGAGUCUGAAACAGGACAGUUUAGUAAUGCAGUCAACAUCACUAAAGAUGAUGGUGAAAUUAUCCUGGUGAGUCCUGUCCGUCUUGUGGCAGAGGGACGUCCUGUCACUCUUAGCUGCAAGUUAAAGACAGAAACCGUUUAUAAUGUGGAUUUCUAUAAAAAUGACAAACUCAUCCAGAAUGAUACCAGAAGCGAGCUGACCAUCUCUGCAGUGUCAAAGUCAGAUGAAGGCUUUUAUAAAUGUAAACAGAGAGAUUCAGCAGAUGGUUGGACGUCACCAGAGAGUUGGUUGUCAGUAAAAUCAGCGUCCGGACCAGGAAAAGACUCUCAAUUUCCCGUUCUUCCGAUCGUUGGGCUGCUUUGUGGAGUUUUACUGAUUAUUCUCCUGCUGCUGUUACUGUAUUUAUACAGAAAGUCAAAAGAUUCAUGCUAUAGCAGAUCUCAGAAGACCAAUCAGGGCCCUGCUACAGACCACAUGAUCAACCAAGACGAAACUAACCAAAGAGAAUAUGCUUCUGUUCUCCAGAGUCAGCCUGAAUCCUUAAUAUUUUUUGAAUGUACUGUUAACGUUAUUAACCGAGUAGCAUAUCCAUUUCUCAUUACUUGUUUUAAAAAAUGUAAGAGUUCAUAUAAAUGGAUUUUACUAUAUAUUUGGUUUGAUUUUGAUUUCUCUUCAGAUAAUGCUUGUCUCUAUGAAACAGUCAAAGGCCCUGAAGAACCUGCAAAUGAUGAAUCCAUGGAUGUCACAUAUUCUGUGCUCGAGCUCAAACACAUUUCUAAGAAGGGGAAGUCAAGUCCUGCACCAGCGGAUGAAACUGUUUAUUCUGAGCUCAAACCAGGAACAGCUCUUGGUAAAAAUGCAGCUUGCACCAUCAGCCACUACAUAGGACCCUAUUGCAUCAUCCCAUACACUGCCACUCAGUGUCAAAGGAACAGUUUAUCAGUGUUGGAUGUGAAGAUGGGACACACUUUGCUCUCUCUACUGGGGUUUUUAUUGCUGAAUUUACUUUACCGUGGACAAGCUCAAGAUGCUGUGCUGACCAUUGAGCCAAACUGGACAACUUUUUUUUUUGGAGGGUCUGUUACCUUCAAGUGUGACAUUACAGGAGACAAAGACAGCGGCUGGUUUUACUCAAUGUACAAGGAUGGUCAAGGAUUUCUCCCUUACGGCCAACAUGAGAGCUAUAAAUUACCCCAUCUAACUACAAACUUCAGUGGUGAAUACCAAUGUCUUUUCCAGCAUGGGGGCUCAACAAUAAGAAGCAAUAAAAUCUAUCUAAAUGUAUCAGAAAGACCUCUGCCUGUCGUCACUGUGUCUCCAUCAUGGCAGAGUCCUGGAGCCUCAGUAACUCUAAACUGCAGGGUUGAUCAUCCUUCUGCUGGCUGGAGCUUCUACUGGUAUAAGGCUGUUCCCAGACUGUCAGGCAACUCUUACAGCUAUGAGCUGCUACCUGGCAGCGAGAAUGGGACUGAACAGGAUCUCUUCAUCAUUGAUGGACAAACACACACAGCAGGAUAUUACUGCAGAGCAGGAACAGGAGAUCCAGUGUUUUACAGUUUGUACAGCAAACGCAAGUUUGUCUGGUCUGGAGAUAUUAACUCAGCAGCGUCUCUCACAGUGAGUCCUGACAGUGUGCAGCACUUCACCAAAACGCCUGUGUCACUGAGCUGUGAGGGAAACUCCACUGAGUGGAGAGUAAGGAGGUUUUCGAAAUCUGGCAACCUUCUUCCCUGUUCUUCCUGGGGGACAAUGACUGGAUCCACAUGCACAAUUAGCAGAAGCUGGCUUAGUGGAGUGUACUGGUGUGAGUCUGAAACAGGACAGUUCAGUAAUGCAGUCAACAUUACAAUGAAGUAUGAUGAUAUUAUCCUGGUGAGCCCUGUCCGUCCUGUGGCUGAGGGACUUCCUGGCACUCUUAGCUGCAAGUUAAAGACAGGAACGGCUCUUUAUGAUGUGGAUUUCUAUAAAAAUGACGAACUCAUCCAGAAUUAUAACAGAAGGGAGCUGACCAUCUCUGCAGUGUCAAAGUCAGACGAAGGCUUUUAUAAAUGUAAACGGAGAGAUUCAGUAGAUGGUAGGACCUCAUCAAAGAGUUGGUUCUCAGUCAAAUCAGCGUCCGGGCACGGAGAAGCCUCUGAAUUUCCCGUCCUGCUGAUCGUUGGGCUGCUUUGUGGAGUUUCACUGAUUAUUCUCCUGCUGCUGUUCCUGUAUUUAUACAGGAAGUCAAAAGAUUCAUGCUAUAGCAGAUCUCAGAGGACCAAUCAGAGCCCUGCUACAGACCACAUGAUCAACCAGGACGAAACUAACCAAAGAGAAUAUGCUUCUGUUCUCCAGGAUAAUGCCUGUCUCUAUGCAACAGUCAAAGGCCCUAGAGAACCUGCAAAUGAUGAAUCCAGGGAUGUCACAUAUUCUGUGGUCAAGCUCAAAAACAUUUCUAAGAAGGGGAAGAAAAAUGAACCGGAGGAUUGUGUUUACUCAGAUGUGCAGAUGGCAUCAGCAGCAGCAGAUGAAUCCAGGGAUGUCACAUAUUCUGUGGUCAAGCUCAAAAACAUUUCUAAGAAGGGGAAGAAAAAUGAACCGGAGGAUUGCGUUUACUCACAUGUGCAGAUGGCAUCAGCUGCAGGGAAGUCAAGUCCUGCACCAGCGGAUGAAACUGUUUAUUCUGAACUCAAACCAGGAACAGCUCUUGGUAAAAAUGCAGCGUAACAUCAUAUCAAACAAUGUCUUCUGUAAGGACAAGAGGAAUGGAAACAACAUAAAAAACUAAACCUUUGUUAAUUAAACCUUAUUUGCAGCUUUGCUCUCCAUUUAUCAGACAGUAUUUUGUACAGUUAAUAUAAUAGCAAAUCAUUGAAAGAAAAGGCAUCAUAUGGCUUUAAUCUAGGUGUAUUUAAAAAAAGAGUAAGCUUUGU